UAUGGUUAAACGAAUGACUCAUUGGAAUCGAGGGGCUGGAUUACCAGGAACUUCCAUAAUCAUAUCCUGUUGCGGAAGUGAACCUGAAGAAAUCGCCUAGACCUAACUCACGUAGAGUGUUUUGUUGACACAAUAUCAACCAAAUCAUCAGGAUGUCAGUGACAAUGACCAGGAUGGAAGGGGUGACUGUUAUAACGAUGACCAGCAACAACCCCAAAAGUAACUGGCCUUUGCUGUGUCAGAUACUGGGGACGCUCUGCUACAGCCCAGCAUGCUCUGUAUCUCACAAGCUCAGAGGGCUUCUUGGAGCAACGCAAUCUGCCCUAGGGACCGCUCAGAUCAUGAUUGGAUUGCUAAACAUCGGCUUUGGAUCAACAAUGAGGACAUCAAUGUGGUACUAUUAUAGUCCGCUCAACGACUGCGGGGGCCCCUUUUGGCUUGGUGCUUUGUUUAUUCUAUUUGGUGUGAUGUGCAUUCUUGCAGAGAAGUGUCCAAGCACUUGUCUGGUUGUCAUAACUGGGUUGAUGAACUUUGUAAGUGCUGCCUUUGCCGUAACUGCCAUUGUUCUGUAUGCAAUUAAUCUUGCCUCGAUAAGAUACUUCGAUGAUUGUCAAGGCUACAAUUACGAUUACGGUUACUAUGACAGACCAAGGACCCCAAAACCCCCGUCAGAAUAUGAGGAUAUCUGCAAAACAUAUAGAGCCAAUAUACGGGUCUUAUUGCAAGGAAUGUCCAUCGUAAUGAUCAUCUUUGCAGUUGUACAACUCUGCAUUGCCAUCAGUGCUGGUGUCAAGGCAUUUAAGGCUGUUUGCAAGAGGGAAACAUCUGUGCAGGACCCUGAGCUCAAGACUCCUCUUGUCGAUGAAGUCUUGUCUUACCCCACAGUUUAACAUGGCCAUUUCAAGCCACAUUCAUCUCUGUAGUUGUCAUGAUAAUAAUAGUGAAUUUUAUUUGUUUUGCACUUCAUAUUAUGGUAAUCUCAAAGUGCUACAGAGCAGCAGUUUAAAAAAGAAAAAUAUAGCUCAAAUAAAAACAGAUACAAAAAUCAUGCAAUUUAAAAUAGAUGAUGGUCAGUAGUUAAAUUUGAGAAAAUCUCAAGGUAAAUAAACAGUUAGAUGAAAAACCUAUAAAAUACAUUGAACAGAAAGCUUUUUUUUUUUAAAAAAAAAAGAUGUGUUUUUAAGUUUUGUUUAAAAACUUCUGUAGUCUGUGGGUGCCUUUAGAUGGUCAAGGAGGGCGUUCCACAGCCUUGGACCGUGGACCGGAGGGUGCUUGAGGAGGUCUGGGGGUUGAGGAGUUCCUGUAGUUAAAGGGGGGCAUGUCCGUAAAUGCACUGGUGGGUGAAGAGUGAGACCUUAUAUUCAAUUCUGAAAUUAACCAGGAGCCAGUGAAGAGUUUUCUGGAAGGGGGUGCUGUAUUCACCAUGGGGUGCUGUAUUCACCGUCAUCAGGAUCCUGGCAGCACUGUUCUGGAUGUAUUGUAGCACUUGUGUGCUCUUCCCAGAGAUCCCGUUGAGGAGUGCAUAUUUAUCAAAUAUUUACUGCUGCUCCAAGGCUGUGGAUCGCCCUCCUUGACUGCUACUAUGUUGUGCUGGGGUAAGGGAGAUACUUGAUAAUGAUUCUGUGCCUUUUAUGCACUAGGUAUGCUCACCAAUCAAAAGUGGCCCAACUUUUGAAAGCUGUUGACUUUCAAAAAGUACAUUACAAAUCAAAUUGCAAUAGCAAUAUCUGUCAGGAAAAAAGUUACAUGCCGUUUUGAUGAACACUAUCUCGAAACGAGAACCAACGAGAGCUGGCUAGCUUUUAAGUGUGUGUGUUUUUUUUUAUAUAUUUAGUUGUUAGUCACAUAGUUUAGUAUUUUUUUUGAGUUUCCAUGAAAAUACCAAAGUAUAGUUUUUACACACACUUUCUCAAAGAAAAAUUGCACCUGGUCAAAUAUGUAACUGAAAAUGCAUCUGCAACUGCAGUUUGAGACAAAACCCCCUACAGAUUUGUAAACAUCACCUGAUUCUCAUUGUUCUCGCCUCCUCUCUCUCUCUUUCUCUCUCUUUCUCUCUCUCACUCUCUCUGUCUGCCUCUCUCGUACUCUGCGUGUGUGUGUUGCAGUGCUCCAGUCUGAUCCAGGUCUCAAGACUAUUUUUUUUGCUUGUCUCAGAAUUGAAAGCAUUUUUUUUAAAGUGUAUAUUUUAUGGUAUAUCCUUAAAUAUCCUAGGCUAUAAGUAUCCACCAUUACAAAUAUUCUUAUUUUAAUAAAAAUGUGUAGUGGAGGGGGUAAAAUUGUAAUGAGACAUAGUUAAGUCUACUUAUGUGCAUGAAUAUACAGUAGUCGCCUUUGAAUGUGGGUGGGUUUGAUUGCAAAAGGAUGGUCAAGUGGGUGGCUGGUUGCAAAAGGCCCUUGUAGACUUGCACUGAAAGUGUAUUUUAUUGAUGGACUAGUCAAUUGAUUAUGUUAAAGAUGUUCAAUUGUUUGCUGAUAUAAUUAAAUUUCACACUUUGAAUAUGAAA